ACCAUAUUUGGAGAAUCCUAAUUGAUGUAGGAAUCUCCAUCUAUAUAAACUACCUUGUACACAAUUAUUUCCUUGAGUUGAAAUCAUAAUUCAAUAUGGUAUCGGAGUCUAUUGAUCCGUCUCUUCCUUCUCGAUAACACAAAGAAAAGAAAUCGGCCCAGCCGAUUCGUCUUCCCACGCCGCCGAUCUCCACCAAUCGGCCAUGGCUGCUCAAUCUUCUGAUCCCAUGGAUCGUCUGCCUACGGGUUUGAAAUUAUUUGUCCGGAAUCUUCAAUCUCUAACUCCGGUCAAACUUGAUGAUACAAAUUAUCCUUCUUGUUCUGCUACGGUUCGUGCAAAUCUCAUCGCUCAUCGUCUCCUCGGAUAUGUUGAUGGUUCAGAAGUGCCUCCUCCACCCCUUGUUCUGGACGAGAAAGCUGCCGCCCCUAGCAAGGAUGAACCACCAGUUAUGAAACCCAAUCCUGCUUAUGACUCAUGGGUUCUUGUUGAUGCUCAAAUCCGGGCCUGUCUUCUUGCUAUUGUUUCUCCAACCGUUCAGACUCAUAUUCAUGCUCUUCCGUCCUCUGCUGCGAUCUGGAAUCACCUCGAACAACGGUACAAUUCUCUAUCACGUACUCAUAUUUUUCAAUUGAAGGAGCGCCUACAUAGCAUUCAAAAGGGCACUGAUUCCAUGCAAACAUACCUGGACACUGUUCUCACUAUUGUCUCAUCUCUGAAAUUGGCUCAUGAGGACAUCUCUGAACAAGAUAUUAUCCUGUCUUCUAAAAUGAAUUCAAAGCUUAAGAAAAGCUUUUUAAUGGAGGAUGGUGGUAGUGGAGGGAAAGGGAAAGUGGCAAAGGGUUCAUGGAGUCCGGAGGAAGAUGCGAGGCUCGUGAAGCUCGUCGAGCUUCACGGUCCUCGCAACUGGUCUCUGAUAAGCACCGGCAUUCCUUCCCGUUCAGGGAAGUCGUGCCGGCUGCGGUGGUGCAAUCAGAUGAAUCCGGCAGUCCACCACCGUGCGUUCUCCCCGGAGGAGGAUGCCGUCAUCCUCCGGGAGCAUUCCGUCCUCGGGAACAAGGGGGCCGCCAUCUCGCGCCUCUUGCCCGGGAGGACGGACAACGCGAUCAAGAACCACUGGAACUCAUGCCUCCGGCGGAAGUGCGGCGGCGGCGCGGAGGCCAAACGAGCUCGCAUGGACGUCUCGUCGCCGGAGAAUGAGGGGGAGGAGGAGUCGUGUGCGUCGCGGGAGGAAUCGGAGACGCGGACUUUGCUGCCGCUGUUCCCGCCGGGAGGGAAAAUGGAAGGUCAACACGCCGAUGAAAAGUCAAUGACGGAGGAGGAGCCGUUGCGCAGUGGUUCCGGCGAAAUGGCUACGGCGGAGACGAGUUUUUACACGAUCAUGCAGCGGAUGAUCGCGCACGAGCAUAAGCAUAUUGGAGGGUAUUGGUGCUCAGAGGGAAUUGAAGAGAAUGAGGAUUUACUCAAACGUAGAUCAAUAUGUCCUAAGAAUAGGAAUCAAACCAAUUCCAAAUCAAACAUAGUACCUGGUCGACGAAGAAAAUCAGCAGCAGAAAUAAUACACCGGCAGCUGAGUACAACAACAUUGAGGAUAUUCAAAUCAGAAACUGUGAAAGUGGUUAAAAAAAAUAGUAUGGGAAGCACAAUUUUCUGAAUAUUUAGAGAACUAACAUGAACCUGCAUAUUGUACGUAGUUGAAGAGAAAGUAAGAUAAUGGGUUCUCCAUGUGCAAUGUUUAAAAUAAGAAAAUGUAUGGAAAUACACGUUAUAUUAAAAACAUGUGAAAAAAAGACAACAUGUAGAAUGUUAUAGACAUUUUUAUAACAUGAAGUAGAGAAGAAGUAAAUUAUUGAAACCAAGUAUAGAACAUGUUUUCAACAUAUGAGCAAAAUCUUGAUAGUAGGAACCCAUCUGGAGAACAUUGCAUUAUAAAUAAAUAUGUAACACAAAUGAGUAGGAAAGAAGAAACAAUUAAAAAAAUAGAUCUCCAGUG